AUGACUGAAGACGUGUUUAACGUGUUGAUUGAGAAUUGUAAAAUGAUUAAAAUUAUUGAUUUGAUCCAUUGCUCUAGGAUUAAGAAAUUGAUCUUAUUUGCUAAAGAGAAUAAACAUUUUAGAGAAUUGACAAUCGAUGGAUGCCAGGAUUUAGAAGAGAUUAGAAUUGAUUCACCAACUCUUCGCUCAAUUUUUUACCAUGGAAAUGUUGUUGUAGUUCGAGUUGAACAAGGGAUGCAAUUGUAUGAGGCUAUCUUUUACUUUAUAACUUCCAAAAACUACAUGCAACCUACUCAUCUUGAAUCUCUAGUUAGUGAUCUCUCUCAUGUCUCAAUUCUCACCACUACACAUCUACUUAUUGAGGGUUUGGUUGUAAGCCCUCGUGAUACAAAAUUUCGAGACACACAAUAUUUUUUUGUAAAUCUGAAGGAACUUCAUUUGUUUAUGGAUGGGGCAAUAUUUUGCAAUCCAUAUGAUAUUACCAUGUUUCUCAAAAAAUGCCCAUCCUUGGUAAAACUUUACAUUGAUCUAAACGAAUACCAACUUGACCUUAGAAUGUAUUGGGAAAUGCAUCAGAAACAUCUGCUUGACAACUGGAUUCACAAAUUUUCUUGUCUCAAAGAUGUUGUGUUGAGAAGUUUUAAGUUUCUCCCAUCGAAACUUGAGUUAGUAAAGAUUAUUUUACAAAGAGCAACAAUUUUGGAGAGUUUGGUUUUUCUUCCUCCAAAAACUAUAGGUUGUAACUUGUUAAAAAGACAAGAUGCACUAAAAUAUGAAAAACUUUUUGGUUCAUGGAGAGCAUCAACAAGAGCCAUAAUAAAGUUGGAUGAAAAUUAUGUUGAGAAUACCUUACAUAAUCCUACCUAUUCAAAAUGCUGGCUAGAUGCAAGAUGA